AUGCCGCUGAAAACAUCAAUCAUAAAAUCUCCUUUUGUUCAAAUUCCUUCAAUCCUUGUUUUAUUGUCAUUGAUUGCACCAUUAAGUUCUGCUGGAUCUUCUCACUUCAACCGUCUCAACAAGUUUUCUCAAUAUCCACAUUCCUUUUCAGAUUCAAAGAGGGCUGUUGAUAGGCUUUACAAGAGUUUAAUCAUGGAUGAUGGGAGGAUUUGUGCUUGCUCAAGGAAAUACUUGUUUGCAUUUGAGAGAAACGGCUCCAUCGCGUGGGCGCUGCACUUGAACUAUACUUGCAGUUCGAGUAUAGCUCCGGUUCAUGGAGGAUCAAGCAAGAUAUAUUUAGUUGCAGAGAACAAAGUACUAAAAGUCUAUCCUCUAAGGAUUGGAACUAAUGAAGCUCCUGUGGAAGUAUUCUUCGAAUGUGCAGAAGAGAUCGUUGGGAUCGCUGCAAGCUUAUCGAGCUCUUGUGUGCUCAUCAAUGCCAAAAAUAGAGGGCUGUUUGCUUAUCGCUUGUACGGGCAGCUUUUCUGGAGCGCUGGCCCAGUGCUUUACCAGCAUGGAUAUCGCCAAGGUUGUAGGAGAAACGUUACCGACUGCUAUUUUACUUCCGCGCCUGUGAUCGAUCAAUGUGAAGCUAGUAUUUUUAUGAUUAACACGGUUGGGGAAGUGUAUUCGUUAUCGAUCCGCGGUCAUCAUUUUAAAUGGAUCCAAGAUCUUAGCUUGUAUGGAAAUGCAUUUAGGCUUACUGCUGGAAACAAUGGCCUUCUGUAUGUUACUGAGCCUGAUAAAGCUCUUGUUCUGGCUUUGGAUGUUUCUCGAGGAAAUGUUUUGUGGCAAGGAAGCAUUGGGCCGUUGAGCUCAGCAGAUCACGAGCCGGUUGUUGAUGCAAAUGGCUGGAUAUCGUAUAGCUCGCUGGACGGAUUUCUGUAUUCGUUUUCAGCAACGGGAUAUCUCAAGAAGUUCCCUAGAUCAGCUAGUUGGAGUUCUGUUAUGCAGGUUAAUCCGGUGCUUGAUUGCUCCGGUUAUGCCAUUUACAUCUCUCAGACAGAGAUGGAGGGGAAAUAUUCCCAGAAAUUUGCAGAUUACACUCAUGUGUCUGCAUUGAAACCUAAAAAUGUUGUGUUCACUUCUCUUGUUCCGGCUUCUGGUUCCAUCGUAUGGUUCGAAAGCGAUCCUAGUCAAUUCUUGUUCCACCUCUCCCAGAGUGAUCUGCAGCAUUUUUUGGUGGAUGAAAGAACUCUCCUCACAUUUUAUGCUGUCUCAAGUCAGAAACUCGCGUCUAGCUGCGCACAAGUGAAGCCCAAGAACACAAGUGUCUACAUAGGAAACAAGAGGACAAUCACAUUGUUUCUCAUGAUGGAAUCCGUCGUUCUGCUAAUACUGGCCGUGCUGGUGCGAUUCUGCUGCAUUUUCUGGAAGAAGCAAAAGCUUCAAGGCCUAGACCUUGGCAAAUUCCUUGAGAAGAGACGUUCUCUGCGAUCCAAGAAGAAGGCGUUCGACAAAAUGAUAACUGAACUGAAUCAAAAGGCCUCGGAGGAAGAAGAAGCGCUGCAGAAGCUAGGACACCUGGUUAAGGCAAGGGAGGGCAUCAAGAGGAGGCUGUCAACGACGUAUAGCUUAGGAAGGGACGGGGAGGGGUCAUCAACGCGUCCCAAGUCCCUUCUUCCGCUGCAUGAUGGGAGGAGCAGAAGCUACUCCUUUCAAGGAUCCAAGAAAGAGAGUGUCACAAUAUUCCACACUCUAAUUAGCGAUAGUAGCAGUUCGGAUGAAGAGGUGAGCAGCCUCGUGGAAGAGGCGGACGACGAUCUCUCUCAAGAUGAAGUUGCAAAGGGGAAGGGGAAAGCUCAAGUUGGAGGGGAAAGCUCUAGUGAUUAUGGUGGUAGUGAGGAAGAGUAUGUGAUGAGUCCAUUGUUUUUGAAGCAUUCGUUUAGUGAAAUAGAGGAAGUGAAGGGGAAUAAUGACUAUGAUGGUGAUGAUUCACAUAGUGAAGAAGUAGAAGCUUGA